GGUUACUCAAGCCAUCACUGAGUCACUCGAAUAGUCAUUAUGAGAAGUGGAAAAAGAUUGUUGGAUUUGUAACGUAUUUGCAGUAAGAUAAAAAAAAAUUUCCGUAUUAAAAAAGAACUUGUCUCUGUUUCUCUCUCUUUUUUUCUUUUAUUUAAAAUGAAUAUCAACCUUGAUUUAGCAGAAAUGAUCAUUCAAACAAGCGAUAAGGCAAAACAAAGGACAUGGUUACAUAAGUUAGUAGAUCAAGUACAACUCCGUCAACGAUGUAUUCAUAUCUAUCUUCGCACGGCUCAGAUGAUCGAAGCUCAGUAUCAACAAAAGAUGAAAGAUAUCGAAUCAUCUAUAGAUCGACUCAAUCAACAAAAAGAAUGCAUAGACCAUGAGAUCACUCACCUCAAUGAUCAUCAACAAGCUCUUGAGCAGCGUCAGACCGAGGUUGAACACGCCUUGUUUUUGAUUCGUCGAGAAGCACAAAGAUAUCGUGAGAAGAAAACGAGAUGUGAACAAUAUUAUUCACGUUUAUGCGCAGUUCCUAUCCUUUCGAGACAGUACAAGACCAAGUAUAUCAAGGCUCGUGACAGGAACGCACAAACAGAGCAACACUUGUCCGAAAUGCGUCAUGCACUCGAUCUAUGCCAAAAUCAACUUAAAGUGAUCACCAAAAGAAUAACUGAGCAGUAUAUGAAACAAGAUCAAUUGUGCAAACAAAAGAGCAAUUCCCUAGAUAGCCUAAAACGUAUAGAAAAAGUGCUUCAUUUUCUGAAACAAGGAAGCGAAUUCUGGUCUGAUUUUGAAACAUAUCAAGCUCAAGUAGUUCUGGAGGCUGCCAAUUAUUUAUUAAAAAAUACCCGACACAAAGUGUCAAAGAGACUGACGGUCGAUAUAGAUCAAAUUUGGAUCAAGGCAUUCAAGCUUGCUUGUCUUGAAUAUGGAGAACGCGAAGUGUAUGGCGACAGUCGUUGGAAUAUGGACACAUUAAACAUCAGCUACGACUGCUCUGCCUGUCAGACAUCGCAUACUGGCUGGCCAAAGAUCAAUCAGUGUCAAUUAUUAUGCAGUCAUUGUACUCAACAGAAGCCUGCGCAGUCUAUUUUGCCUGUAUCCAAAUCCCUCAGUAUCGCUUAUCUUGAACAAUUCAAGAAAAUAUUUCAUUUUAAACUCUUGAAAUAAAAUGUUCGUAUGAAUAUUUGGCUAAUUUUUAAGGGAGAAGGACUCUGGCAGAAGGACU